UCUUACUUCAACGUGUACGGUGCGCCAGUGAGCUGGGAAGAUGCUGGCGUCUGGGAUAAGCACGAGGAGGGCGAGGACUUCAAGCCGUCUGACGUCAUUCAGAAGAUUCUCACUGGCAACAGGGACGCCAAGCUUGCAAUGCAGCUCGGCUGGGGCCUAGGCAACCUCGUCGACGCGAAGAUCGCCGAGGCCCAGGGCAAGGAUGUCGAGCUGGCCCCCGACUUCAGGUACGAUUUCUCGGACGAUCUUGACGCUCAGCCCGACUCCAGCGUAGACGUUGCGGUAUCUGGCAACCACGGCGCUGCGCAGGUGAUCACGCGGUGCCUCAAGGUCAGCAAACGCACCAUGAUCGACAGCAUGAACCUCGGUUUCGUCAUGGACGCUUCCACGCCAGACCACCAGAAGAAGUUCUACGGCGCUGUGUUUAAGCCGAACAAUACAGUGGCCACUUGCCCACCGCAGGUGAGCUCAGUCUACAGCGGCAGGCAGAUGGACGACAGCGAGAGCACGGCAUUGGCGGUGCAGACGUACGAGAAUACCCACAUCGAGCGGGCCAGGGAGCUUCUGGGCAUCAAGUGCAACUCCUCUGAGUUGCCACGGGUGGAAAAGGUCAAGCGCAGGUGCAGAUUGGACUCCUUCAUGGCUGGGAAGGCCCUUCACAACAUGCGCCUCGUGAGCGUCGGCGAGGGCCUUGGGGCAGUCCAGAUCACGUUGGAGCAGUACCACCAGAUGAAGGACUGCUACGAUUGGAAGUGCGAUCACUUGUGCUCCGACCAGGGCCCCGACAUGAAGUGCCUGAAGUGGUUCUUACAGAGCUCGGAGGGCCUGUUCAAUUUUGACGACGACGAUGAUCUGGCACACGGCAUCGACAACGAUUUCAACAUGGCUGAGAAGAAGUGCGGUCUGUGGGCGUUUCGGAGGUUUCAGAGGUUGGCGAGGAACGCAAUCUAUGGCCCCUUCGACGAGGGCAGGAGGUUCAAGGAGUUAAAGGACAUCGCGAAGGAGGUGAAGACGUUCGUCAGCCCUCUCAAGUGCCCGAUAUUUUGCGAGGCGUUGCCUGCCAUCCUCGAGGAGAUGGGAGAGCCCGCGCGCAUUAUGGAGAAUGACAUCGAGGAGGAGGCGUGGAAUGGCAUGACCGAAGUCGGCUUCGGCGAGGUGGCUGGCAGGAAGGGCAACCCCGCCAGGUGGCUUGGCGACCAUUAUGCUUCUCGCAUCGACCGCGAUCAGUUCACGAUGCGCGCCGUCUGCUUCUCUUAUGCGGUCAUGGUGCGCGAGCAGUCGAACACGAAGAAGCUCGGAGUCCAGAUGAAGGAGCUGCACAGCGAACCGAACCAGCACGGGGGCAACGACCAGGCCGUGAGCAUGAAGUCGGCGGCCGCCGAGCUGAAGCGCGUGAGGGUGGCCACGCGGGACCAAGUGGAGGUUGCGAUCGUCUACUACAACAACAAGCAGAACAAGAACAUCGACAGGGCGACAUUCGCCAUCCGCGAGCCGUGGGCUCAAUGGCAUGGCCACAACAAUUGGCACCUCAGGGAUCUCACGAACGUCACGGACUGGGAGGUGGACCAAAUCGUCAACGGGAAGUUCCUCAGAGUUUUUGUGGAAUCCAUGUCUGUACCGUUCGAUGGCAAGGGGGUGAUGGCUUACCUCGGCUUCGCUGUGGAUCACAGCCAUGUCAACGUGAACGAAGUGUCCGCGCCCCACCCGCUUCUGAAGAUCGAGGGUGACAUGGCCGAGUUGAUCGGCACUUACUCCCUCGUCCUGAACGCUUGUCGCUUCAAGAGGCUCUUCAAGUUGAUGAGGGGCUGGCCCAAGCACUUGGUAGCGGCCCUCGGUGACCUCGCUUCCCAGGACAGGGUCUUCGCCCUCUUCAAGCAAGACUACGAGAACUGGAAGGCACUCGGCGACGACACGGUUGGCUUCAGGGCUCUGUCGGGGAUUAUGGCUCGCUUGAAGAAGAGCUCGCCUUUCAACCUCGUUCCAGUUCGGCAGCAUCUCGGCAUUCUUAUCGAAUCGGGGUUCAAGAGGACCUCGAGGUGCAUGGAGUUCCGCAGCGAGAAUCGGACGAGGCCACUGCUGCCCCAGAUCGCCGAGGAUUGCUUCUGCAGGUCAGCCAAGGACAUUCAGCACGCCUUGGGCCAAGACCGAGGGGUCGACAGAGAUUUCGCGAACUUGAUCGCGAAGGAUGUCGUCUCGAAAGUUCACCGCCACAAGGACAUCAACUGGAAGUUCGAGCCGCUCGCCAGAAACCCCAGGAUCCCAAAAGAGGUGUAUCAGAACACCCCCGACGACGUGAAGGCGAUCGGCCUCCAGAACAUCAUUGGCUCCAACCAGUCUCCGAAGUGGUCCAACCAGAGCGUUGCCAACGACUCCAAGCCGACUUUCGAGAUGGACAUGCUGGAGUUCUGCAGGGCUAACGGCGUCAACGUCCCCACCGCAGAGAAGCACUGGCACUGCGCCUUGGCGAAGCAGGGCAAGGUCGCCAUCAAAAUGAAGGGGUCCCCCGACUCGGACGACGGCAUCGCCAUGGGUGACAUGUGCGGCAUCGUCGUAUUGAUUGCCAAGCUCAAGCCUUUCAAAUACAGGUCUGGGCGCUACUUCUACAUGAUCGACUUCGACGCUGCGGCCCCGCUCAAGAUGGCUUACGUAUUUGAUCCAUCGGAGUGGGAUGCCCUGCCUUUGUCCUGGACUUCACCGCUGAUGCAGUUUGUCGCGGAGGGGGGGGGGGGCGCAGCUUGCCAGGCGCUGUUGACGCACGUCUUGAAGCCGACAGAUCUGGACCUGUGCGAAAUCUUGCGGAAGCGUUGCUUCGUGAAGUUCGUCGGUGAGGACGGUUUGGUGGACAUCCAGGGGGCGAUCGAUUGCAUGGCGAAGGAAGAGCAGGAUAUGACGAGAGAGACGCUGUCUGAGAAGGGCGUCCAGAAACAUGUCAGGAAGGCAUACACUGCGAAGUUCAACGUCUACCGCAAGGAGGUGGAGGCGGUGCGCACUGCCGAGGCUGCCGAUCAGAACCGCACCAAGCAGGAGCUGAAGAAGUGGAAGGGGCCAAUCGAGCCGCCCAAGGACGGGAUCGUGCACUCCGAGGCGAAGAAGUUCCCCCCACCUGGGGCGAGCCUGUGGAGGGGUCUCACAGGCACGGGCGCGUGGCACGUCCACACCCCCCCGCACUACAAGUCCAAGACGUGGCUCGAGGCUGGCAGCUACGACAACGCGCUCAGGUUCGCCCUGGCCUUCGCCUGGAAGAAGUACCUCAAGAGCAAAGACCUCGGCGACUCGCGCUGCCCGAUCAAGGGCCUGCUGAAGCACUACACGGACGAUGGGGAGCAG